AUGGGUUUCAGCACAACCGCCGAAUUUGAUCAGGCAUAUCAAAGUGUUAGGGGUGCUUUUACAUCUGGUACCACUAAGAACAAGGAAUGGAGACGUCGUCAAUUGAAACGUGCUUGGUGGAUGGUCGAGGACAACAAGAAACGCAUUUGCGAUGCCCUCUAUACUGAUCUGCACAAGCACUAUCAAGAAGCUUACACCGGCGACUGCGGUGGCGUCCAAGCCGACAUUCUACGUACUCUCAAAAAGCUAGACGAAUGGACCAAGGAUGAAAGACCGGGCAGGUCCGAUCCUCUCAAUUUCCUAGGAAGGACCACUGUCCGCAAAGAACCUCUUGGUGUGACUCUAAUUAUCAGCGCAUGGAAUUUCCCCGUCAGCUUGCUCCUGCAGCCAAUGGUCGCCGCAAUUGCUGCUGGGUGUGCCGUGAUCCUCAAACCAUCAGAUGUGGCAAGUGCUACCCAAGAUGUAUUGAUGGAAAUCGUUCCCCAAUAUAUGGACACAGAUGCAAUCCGGUGUGUUUCCGCUGGUCCACAAGAGAUGGGAUACAUCCUUGAACAUCGCUUUGACCACAUUUUCUACACUGGAUCCCCCAAUGUUGCCAAAAUCAUCCAUGCAGCAGCCGCAAAGCAUCUGACUCCCGUUACAUUCGAGUUGGGCGGUCAAUGUCCUGCUAUUGUCGCGGAGUCGGCAAAUCUUGAUCUCACUGCGAAACACAUUGCGGUUACCAAAUUCAUGAAUGCUGGACAGGUUUGCUUGAACGUUAACCACGUUCUUGUUCAUCCGAGCCUGCGAGAACUCCUUGUCGCCGAUUUAAUUCGACACUUUGAUACUUUCCUAGGAGGCAAAGCCAACAACCCAGAGUAUUACACACACAUCAUCAACGAACGCAGUUUCGACCGUCUCGAGAGAUUACUUGAACAUUCCUCCGGAAAGAUUGUCUAUGGGGGCCAGCGCGAUCGUCAAAGCCUGUACUUCGCACCAACGAUUGUCACCGGAGUCAAGCCUGGCGAUUCCCUUCUCUCUGAAGAGCUUUUCGGCCCGAUCCUCCCCAUCGUUGACGCAGACUUCAAUGCUGCUAUCUCUCAUACUCGUGGGGGAGAGCAUCCACUCGCAAUUUAUGCCUUCACUACUCAAGAUGCCGAGAAGGCUCGCAUCUUGAACGAAACUCAGUCCGGGGGCGUGACCUUCAAUGACUGCGCUCUCCACGUAGCUGGUCGUGAUGUGCCAUUCGGUGGUGUUGGGAACUCCGGUCAAGGGCGCUAUCAUGGCCCGCAUGGUAUCUUGACUUUCUCUCAUCUCCGUACCCAUACCAAUGCCAUCCCUUCAUGGUUGGAGGGACUUAUGGCUGCACGGUACCCCCCGUACUCCAUUGAGAAGGCUCACAAGAUGAGCGCACCCGUCACCCCGCCUUUUGACCGAGAUGGCAAUGACACGACAUUCGCUGCUCGUUCGAAGUGGGUCCUUGGCGUUGGAGUUCUCGCAGUCUCCGCAUUGUUUGUGUCUCGGGAUCAGGUCAUCUCUUUGGGUUCUCAGUGGCUCAAAUAG